AUUAUCAGUAUAUUAUCAGCUACAAGAAAGUGUGAUAACACAAAUUCACUGUCGAAUUUCAAUUCGUAGUUUUGUUUCAAGAAUGUAGCAAAUUAAAUUUCAAAAAUCGCAUACUAUUAUACAAUGUUCUUUUCUCGUUUCAAUACAUCUAUACUCGAAAGUGUUUUCAAAUUUUAUCUAAAUGAGAUUCACGCGCUUGCUGUGCUCCUAUAAACCUCCAGUAAGCUCAUCAUCGCCGGCUGCAAGAUGGAAAAUCCCAGAAAAGAAAAGACGGAUAAAUAUAAAUUUUCAAGUAUCAAAGGUCCAGCCGAAAGAGCUGUUUUGGCGAAUGGUGAACGCUCCGUAUAGAUCUUAUUUCUAUUACAUUGGUGGUAUAGCAUUAGUAGGAGGCUUAGGCUUCUGUGUUCAAUUUUUUUAUGCUCAAUAUAAACUUCGUUCAUCGGAUUAUUCUCUAACUGCGGUCAGAUCAUUAGAGCAAUUCCCCCAAUUGAUGGAUAUACUCGGUCGCCCUGUGCAGGCUGGUCAUGUUUACCCAUCCGUUAGAAAUGGCAUACAAGAUGACGAGGUUCGCGUAAACAUACCUAUAACUGGAAAGAAAAGCAACGGCUUGUUACAGGUUCACGCUGUCAAAGAUGGAAAUAUAUGGUCAAUUCGCAGCAUGAAUUUCACAUUCACUGAUCGUGCCGGUGGCGCUGUACGAUUAAUUAAAGAUCCCGCCGAAGAUUAGUCUUUCGAUAUAAUUUUAUGUAGAAACGUUGUUGAAUAAAGUUGUUAUUUCUUUUUAACGCUUAAA